AUGGUGUUAGCAGAUUUGGGCUCGCGUUUGAGAAACGCCUUAAAUACAAUCAACUCGGGCUCGGAGUCAGAGGUCCAGGCGUUGGUCAAAGAUAUUUGUACCGCAUUACUAGAGUCAGAUGUUAAUGUGAAGCUAGUUGCGAAGCUAAGAGACAACAUCAAAAAGAAGUGUGCCUCCGAGAUCAAGAACGAGAACGAGUCUUCUGCCAACAAGCGCAAAAAGCUUCAAAAAAUCGUGUUUGAUGAGUUGUGUGCGUUGGUUGACUCCCACGAGGAGCCACCAAAGCCUCAGAAACUCAAUCGUUCAACACCCAAGGUUAAAAAUAGCAAGAAACCAAAGAAACAGGCCACCUCACAUGUCAUCAUGUUUGUUGGUUUGCAAGGUGCUGGUAAGACAACCUCUUGUACAAAGUUAGCAGUCUAUUACAAGAAGAGAGGUUUCAAGGUUGGAUUGGUGUGUGCCGAUACUUUCAGAGCAGGUGCCUUCGAUCAAUUGAAACAAAACGCUAUAAAAUCAUCCAUUCCUUUCUACGGUUCCUACUUGGAAACUGACCCUGUCAAAGUUGCAUAUGAUGGUGUUAAAAAGUUCAAAGAGGACAAGUUUGAUAUCAUCAUUGUCGAUACGUCAGGUAGACACAAGCAAGAACAGUCUCUUUUUAACGAAAUGGUGCAGAUCGGAGAUGCAGUGCAGCCAACCCAAACAAUUAUGGUUAUGGACGCUUCGAUUGGUCAGGCAGCUGAGGGCCAGGCUAAAGCAUUUAAGGAGUCUUCCAACUUCGGUUCGAUCAUCUUGACAAAGAUGGAUGGCCAUGCUAAAGGUGGUGGUGCUAUUUCCGCAGUUGCUGCUACACAAACACCAAUUGUGUUCAUUGGUACCGGUGAGCACGUUGGUGACUUCGAAGUGUUCAAGCCAUCCACUUUUAUCUCGAAAUUGUUGGGCAUUGGAGAUAUCCAGUCUUUAAUUGAGCAAGUUCAGCUGUUGAACCUCCAAGAUGACGAGGGCCAUAAGCAAACAAUUGAGAACUUCAAGGAAGGUAAAUUCACGUUGCGUGACUUCCAAACUCAGAUGAACAACUUCAUGAAAAUGGGACCCUUGACGAAUAUCGCAUCCAUGAUUCCUGGCAUGUCUAGCAUAAUGAGUCAAAUUGGCGAGGAAGAAACUUCCAAAAAAAUCAAGAAUAUGGUUUACAUAAUGGACUCGAUGACUACGAAAGAGCUUGAUAGCGAUGGCAGAAUUUUCACAAAGGAGCCGGAGAGAAUUUUAAGAGUUGCACGUGGAGCUGGUUGCAGUGCUGUAGAGGUUGAAAUGGUUCUACAGCAGCAGCGUAUGAUGGCCCUGAUGGCGGGUGCAGCCAAAAACAUGGGUGCUGGAGCAGGUGGACAAAUGCCGGGCUUAGGAGGCGGUGGUGGUGCUGCUAACAUGCAGAGGAUGAUGCAACAAGCUCAACUGAAUCCAAGCUUCAUGCAACAAGCUAUGAGCAUGCUUGGAGGAGGUGGUGGCGGUGGGUUAGGCAACAUGGCUCAAAUGAUGAACAAUCCUCAAAUGAUGCAGCAGGCCCAGCAGAUGAUGAGACAGAACCCGAAUUUAAUGCAACAAGCUCAGCAGAUGAUGCAGAACCCAGGAAUGAUGCAAAAGAUGAUGCAGCAGUUCGGUGGCAUGGGUGGCGGAGGCAUGUAA